GUGUGAUAAAAGCGGGCGCUUGUGCCUUGACAAUUUCAUAGCUCCAUUUGUAGUAGGAAGACGUUUAAGCUUUCAUGUGUGUGUGUUUUCAUCCCAUCAUCAUUGCGUUGGGGAAGCCAAUCAAUCUUGUGUAAUCUUUCUUUUGGAGGGAAAUCAGGGUGUGCUAUUGAUUGUACAUAGACAAUGGUGCUAUCGGCUUAUCACUCUCAGCCUUUGCCGCCUAGCGGUGUGGCCUAUGCUGUCUCAUUGCAGCUUACACCUUUUGAUUCUGCAAUCGCUUCUUCAUCCAAUUCACAUCGGGGAAAGUUGCUCAGUCACAUUGUUACCGCAAGAGAUGAUGUAGUGGAUGUGUAUGAAGUCCGGUCACGAAGCGCUGCUGGUUCAAGCUCAAACGGAACAAUAGACGAGGUAAAAUUGUAUCAUUUACGUUCCCAUCAAAUCUUUGGAUUAGUGACAGGUUUAGGGAGAUGCAAAACAGAUAGCGGAGCAGUAGAUGAUGUAGCACAACAAACGAUUGAUGGAGAGCGUGAUACGUUGAUCAUAUCGUUCAAAGAUGCAAAGAUGGCAUUGAUGCAAUGGUCAGAUGCAGCUGCAGAUCUUAUCACAAUUUCGAUACACACUUAUGAACGUGCUCCACAAGUAUCCGAAGGCGUUUCACCUCAUUUCUUGCAGUGCUUACAGGUCGAUCCGGAAUCUAGAUGUGCGGCCCUUUUGCUUCCUCAAGAUGCGUUAGCCAUUCUGCCAUUCUACAACGAUACAGCUGAGGAAUUGGACGAACUACUAGCCAGAGCGGGAGGAGAUGUAGGAGGAUCGAUUUCGCUGGAGAAGUCCCUACCAUAUGCACCAUCCUUCGUGCUCUCAUUAUCUUCGGCAGAUAUAGAUAUCAAGAAUGUGAGAGACUUUGUCUUCUUGCCAAGCUUUCAGAGGCCAACAAUCGCAGUUUUGUUCGAAAAGGAUGCAACAUGGACCGGCCGUUUAGACGAAAGACACGACACAUGUGCUGUUCGCUUCAUCACUCUAGAUUUGGGUGUUUCGAUUGAAUCAUCUCAUAGAGUGAUCUCAAGCAAGGAUGGAUUGCCUUUUGAUUCCCUUUAUCUAACCGCUUGUCCUCCUAGUGUUGGUGGUGGGGUGUACAUCACCACAUCUUCCGCUCUAAUACAUAUGGACCAAGGUGGAAGAACGGUUGGGGUUGCGGUGAAUGGAUGGCAUGCAUUGACGAGCAAAUUAUCGCUACCCAGAUGGAAAUCAGAUGCACACAAGGUCACCAGUAAUGGACAAGUAAAUGGUAUAACCAAUGGGUUGACGGGAGAUAUAGAAAAGACGCUUAUGCAAUUGGACCUGGCAAAUUCGCACAUUGUUUUCCCUGAUUCGUCUUCCCCUUUAGCUUUCUUAUUCCUGCAAGAUGGAGAGGUAUGGCUACUUCAGAAUUCGUUAGAGGGAAGGACAUUAUCUUCUAUAAAUCUGGAAUCAAGAGGGGCUACAACUCAACCUUCUGUAGCAACUGCAGUCUCUGCAGGACAAUUUGUAUUUGUCGGAAGUAUGGUAGGUGAUUCGCAACUGCUAAGACGAAUCACAACUGCUUCCACUGUUGCGUCAACGGCAAUUACGAAUGAUUCAACCAAAAGCGAUGACGACGACAUGGACCUGGACGAUGAUUUGUACGGGGAAUCUUCGGCACCUACAAAUGGAAUUAAUGGAAAUGGCGUAGGAGGCGGACAAAAGCAUACCACUUUUGAACUACAAUCUGUAGCAACGGUGGAACAUCUUGGACCGAUCUUGCACAUCGGUCAAGCAGUCAUUGGAGAUUCAGAUGAUUUCGAACAUGGCGGAGGAAUGGCACAGACGGUCAUCUGUUCUGGCGCAAAACAUAGCGGAGGAUUGAAUAUGCUCGAACCCCAAAUUGUACCUCGCGGAAAGAGACAGGUUGCACUGAAUGCGACUACUGGAUUGUGGGUUUUGCGAACUAGCGAAGAGACUGGAGAAACACUUUUACUGGCCUCUAACGCUGCUGAUAGUGAGCUGGCUAUUGUAGACUCGAAGGGUAUCAUGCAAUCGACGACAAAGAUAAAAGGUCGAACGAUCUUUGCCUGCAGCGUACCUAAUGCUACUGCCGAGCAGGGUGCAAUUCGUGUUACUGAGCGUGCCGUGCAAAUGAUGGACGAUAAAGGAGUCGAGAAGAGAUUGGUUGACCUGAAAAAAGGCAAGCCAGCAGAUGUGGACAUUUUCAAAGCAGAGCUGUGUGCAUCGUAUUUGACGAUUCUGUGGACUGACGGAAGCUUGAAUCUUCUUGAAAUUACAGCGUCUGACUUGAAGCCCGUGGGAUUGCCGGAGGAAGUAUCAGGAAGGAAAUUUAUCGCCGCUAGCGUCGUUGAAGAUAUCUUUGAAUCUUUUACAUGGUUCAAAAAAGGGACAAACGCAAAGAAGGAGGAGAAGCCCAACGGUAAGAAAGCUAGUGCCACACGAUCGAGACAGGAAGAGGAGGAUGACGAAAUCGACUUUGGAGAAGAUGGUGAUGAUGAAGACGUGCAUUUCAGUAGCAAAAGCACCAUGCACUCGAGAUCACUGUGGCUUAUCCUCACUUCCAACGAAGCAUGUCUACAGGUAUACUCUAUGCAAAAUUUCCAACGGGUUUGGCAAUCCAAUUCACUGUAUCCCGCCCCGUUGCGGCUAGAUUACGUGUCUGGAACGUACGAGGAAGAAGAAGUUCCUUCACUUGAACUAUCUCAAGUUCAAGUUUGUCCGAUCGGUGAUGUUUUGCAUCUCGUCGUCAGCUUCCAGAAUGGGCUGGUGAAUGUGUACGAAGCAAAUUCGUUUAGCGGAGAUGACGAGGAUACAGUGAAAGCGCUUCAAACCGUCCAAGAAGACGCCUUGGCAUUGAGCUUCAUCAAAGUUAUUGCAAAGCAGCUUGACAUUGCUGGAUCAGGCGUUCUGUCUGCGCCUAACGGUGAAUCUGUUGAAGGCAUCUCACUGAUCCCUUUUGACAAUCUUGCUGGCCGAAAAGGUGUUUUUGUUGGCGGUGUCGCCCCUGCCUGGCUUUUGCGAGAAAAUACAGGCUCAACGAAUCUGUAUAUGAGCGCAGAAAGUUCGAUGGAUCAUCUAGAUGUUCUCACAGGAGAUCGAUUCGUUUAUGUGCAGUAUGGAAUUGUCAAUUUCGCCCGUUUGCCAUUCUUGAGCUAUACGCUACCGGUCCCGUAUCAAAAGAAGGCACGUACUGGUCGCACAUAUACCAAAACUGCUCCUCAUCCGUUCACAAAGACUAUUGUUGCGGCUUCUGUGGUUGGGCAACAAUUCGUGCUUUUUGAUCCUGAAGAUGGACAUGUGGUAGAAGAUCCAGCAAAUGAUCCAACGAUAGCAAAAGCACCUAGAAGUUCACUCGAGCUGUUUGUGGACGGCGAUGGAGAGCCAGUGGAUGGCUAUGAAUUUCAACAAUGCGAAGUGGUAAGCUGUGUGGAGUUGGUGACUUUGCGUAGUGUAGGAAGCGUAUCGGGUUUGAAGGAUUAUAUUGCCGUUGGUACGAUCAUCUCACACGGUGAAGACCGUCCGGCACGCGGAGCUACGUAUAUCUUUGAUAUUGUAGAAGUCGUUGCACCUCAGCAUGAUCCUGCAGCUCGAUUCAAACUUCGAUUGAUGGUCAAAGACGAGAACAAAGGUCCGAUUACUGCUAUCAGUGAUACGAAUGGCUAUCUGAUCGUAGUAAUGGGAUUGAAGCUAUUUGUGCGCGCUUUGGAGAAGGACGAGUGGAUGAUCACGGUUGCAUUCUUGGAUACUCCUUUCCAAGCAACAGGAUUGGAAAGAUUGAAAAACUUCUUACUCUUGACAGACGUACACAAGAGUGUUUGGUUUAUCGCGUUCCAAGAAGAACCUUAUCGAUUGGUGGUGAUCAGUAAGGAUUACAGUGAAAUUUAUCAAUCACACGGUAGCUUUUUGAUUCAAGAAGAUCAAAUGACAAUCGUUACGGCCGCAAAAGAUGGUGUUUUGCGGUUGUAUGAUUAUGCAUCCAAUAUUUCUGCAAGUCAAGGUGGUCAAAGGCUGUUGGUGAGAAGCGAGUUUGGCGGAUGUAGUGAAACGAGUGGACGUAUGGUUGUUCCUGGUUCCUCAAGCGAAGAUGGUGGAAUCUCAAAGAGCAAUGAAAUAAUUCUUUCUUCUAUGAACGGUUCCAUUCAACGUAUUCAACCUGUUGAAGAGGAGAUCUUUAACACUUUGCAUCUACUACAGGGUCAGCUUAUACGUACUGUGCAGCAUUUUGCAGGUUUAAAUCCUCGUGGAUUUAGGGUUGUACGUAAUGAUACAGUUUCAAGACCACUCAACAAGGGGAUUCUAGAUGCCAGGCUUUUGGCUUCUUUUGAAAUGCUUUCUAGACCAAAGAUGGAAGAGAUUGCCAAAUUAAUACCCGAUCUGGUCGAUGGUGCUGAUCAGCUGUUGCGGUAUAUUGCCACUUUGCGUUCUAAUUGGGGUGAAUUAUGAUGUAGCACAAUCAAUCACUCUAACAUGUAUUCUAGACGAAAAAUUCAUUGUUUCUAAGUCGUACAAUCCGGUAAGAAAUUAGCCGAUCAAUUUCAUCAAUCCGCUCAAACCGCCUGAGUUUCCACCACCAAUCAUACCU